GCUGUCCUAUCUCAAGGCCAACACACAUCCUCCCACCUUUGCCUUUCCUUGUUCGUGCGUUUGUUGUCCUCCCUUCUUCCCUCCUCGCUGUCUCAGCGUCUCGGCUUGGUUGCUUGGUUGCCGUGCCUCCUUCUAUUCCUGUUGUUGCGCUCUCUGCUCGUGUCGGCAGUGCUGGCUGGGAGACGCGUGUGUGGUGGUACACGGUAGGCGAGGAAGGAAGUUGCGUGGUUUUGUUUGUUUGCUGCAUUUGGCUUGAGCGGGCUGUUUGUGCGCCACCUUCUGGGACGCUUUGUCUGCCCGAUUGGAUUGCAUCAACUCAUCCACGAUGAGCAAGGCGGAUUUCAAGGUCAUUGUCAUUGGCCCUCCUGAUGCCGGGAAGACGGCAUUGAUGGAGCGGUUUGUCAACAACACAUUCACCGCAUCCGGGCAGAACACAUCGACGCUGGGCGUGUCAUUUGUAUUGAAACGAUGGAAUGGGCUGCACCUCGCCAUUUGGGAUACUGCUGGCCAGGAGAAGUUUGCCUCUCUCAACUCCUUCUAUGCACGGGAUGCUGCUGCGGCGAUCAUCGCGUUUGACAUCACAGACCGCAUCCACUUUGACGAGAUUGACAAGUGGUUCUCGUACCUGGACUCCAGCUCCGAGGGCGUCAUCAAGAUUGUUGUUGGCUGCAAGUAUGAUCUCAUUGAGCAGAAUGUCGCCGAGCGCGCUGUAACGGAGGCGGAGGGCCACGCACUCGCCAGCAAAUACGGCGCCAUCAAAUACCUUGAGACGUCUGCGAAGACGGGGCGGAAUGUCGUGGAUGUGUUCAACUGGUGA